CCACUCUGUCCUGAAAUUUCAUCUCUUACGCACUCACAUGCCAAGUUCAAAAAUAAGAAACCUGGAAGUACAAAGUGCUGAUGAUGUUGCAGUACUGGAGGAUUGCAUAGAUUUUUCUUUAGCAAAAACAAUAAGCAAAAUUGAAGAAAAACUAGAGAGAGGAGGCUUACCAGAUUGUCUAGAUGGUGAUAUUAUUCCAAGCGUUGGAAAUGAAAUUGGAGCAGAAGCUCAAAUCAGAUUUCUUAAGGCAAAGUUACGUGUUAUGCAGGAAGAGCUGGAUAGUGUAGUGUGUGAAUGCAGGAAAAAGGAUGAUGAAAAUCAGAAUUUAAAAUCUCGGCUUAAAGAUAGUGAAGAAGAAAACACCAGACUGCAACAAAGAAUCAAUAUGCAACAUUCUCAGACUGAAAAGUACAAAAUGUUGUCACAAGAAGCAAACAAAAAAAGUGAAGCGUUACAACAAGAGGUCAUUGCGCUAGAAAAGGAAUUGGAGAAUCUAAAGCGCAUACAAAAGCAGGCCACAAUCAGUCAGAGUGCAACAGAGGUUCGCUUAAACAGGGCCCUGGAAGAAGCAGAAAGGUAUAAAGUGGAGCUGAACAAACUGAAGCAAAGUAACAAGAAUGUAGCUAACCAAGAACUCAAAACAAUUGAAGAAUUAAAAACAGAAAACAAGAAACUGCAGAAGCAAAAAGGAGAGCUAAUGACAGGUUUUAAAAAGCAGUUAAAGUUAAUUGAUAUUUUAAAGAGACAAAAGAUGCACAUUGAAGCUGCUAAGAUGCUUUCUUUUACUGAAGAGGAAUUCAUGAAAGCUCUUGAGUGGGGAAAUUAUUGAUUCCAUUAAAAACAACUUCUGUUUGAAAUACAAGUCAGAUGGUACAUUAUUUUGGCACUGCAUAUGAAUGCUUGUUAAUAGUUAAUAACCAUAUAUCCCCAUGAAUUGGUAUUGUUGAUUUUGCUUAUGUUUAAAUUGUUUAACUUUUAUAAGCCUGAUAGCUUGUGUUGUAAUAUCAUAGGAAAUACAAAUUUCUACUGAAGUUUCAGGCCAAACUGUCCGUUCUGUAAUGAGCGGAGAAGCACAGACUGUCCAAGGAAUAUUCCAACAAGUGUACUUUAUCAGUUUGCUCUGGUUUAGCAUUUAAAACUAUACCUUAUCUAAGGUAAUAUUCAGUCCAAAGAAGCCAGGGUUUAGUCUCAGAAAAUUCCUUGUUGCAACAGAAAUAAAUUAACCAGUGAUC